UUCCUGAAUCGGCGUAUGAGAACGUGAGUUGAUUACCUUGAAAACAACGGGCGGGCAGACAUCCAGUUCUUACUACCUCAGUGCUCUGAACACACGAAUCUUCUGGAACGCACCCAUCGUCAUGACGUAAAACGCACGCAGUGAAUUGUGGGAUUCAAAAUGGAGAUUGUUAUCAAGCUGUCAACUGAAACGUCUUGUCUCGGACUUAUUUAACGCAUUUUAUUUAAAUGUCCAGUUGCUGUUCUUCGCACACUUACCAAACAAUGCACAGUCUGGGAUUGGGUUUUUUCGCUAGGGCCGCGGUUGGUCCAAACGCUUUACUUCGACUCUACUCACGCAAUUUCAAUGCUAGAAAAUGUUCCGAACGCCGGUACCAAUGGACAGGUGCUUGGGGCCCAGCAGGAUGGAUCAAGAACUACAGUCAGGAAGCACGUAAGAAUGAAUUGGGACAGUAUGUUUGCUAUCAUCUUCCACACAGGACCUUACUAAAAGUUCAAGGGCAAGAUACAAGAUCGUUUCUUCAAGGUAUUGUAACCAAUGACAUGGAGCUCUUUGUAGAAGAGGAACAGAACGUGUUGUAUGCGCACAUGCUGAACGUUCAAGGAAGGACACUAUAUGACAUUAUCAUAUACAGGUUGAAAGAAGCCGAAGCGGGUUGUGGUGUUCUGGUCGAGUGUGACACCACCAUAAAGGACUUCAUUUUGAAACAUUUGAAGGUGUACAAAAUCCGCCGGCAGGUGAAGAUCAGCCCCUGUCCAGAGCUUUCUCUAUGGGCUGUGUUGCCUCAGGGAACAGCCCCAGGCCAGGAGAGGCCCAAGCCAGGUCUCACUGCCCCAGAAAAAGCUCUGAUGUGGGAGGAAGAUCCGAGAACUGAAGCCAUGGGCUGGAGGUUGGUGGUGGACAACAAAGUCGAUCCUCUGGAAAUUAUUCCAUCGUGUCAGCAAGGCGACUCAGAAGAGUACCACAGGCACCGCUAUGCAAUAGGACUUCCUGAGGGGGUGAAGGACCUUCCUCCUGGGGUGGCUCUUCCUCUGGAGUCCAACCUGGUCUACAUGCAGGGCAUCAGCUUCAGUAAGGGCUGUUACAUCGGCCAGGAGCUGACCGCCAGGACUCAUCACACUGGGGUGGUGCGGAAGCGUCUGAUGCCUGUACGCAUGUCAGCACCAGCUGAAGGCCUGGAGGAAGGAGUAUCGCUACAGACCCAGUCUGGCAAGCCAGCCGGGAAGCACAGGGCCGGGGUUGGAGAGCUGGGCCUGAGCCUGAUCCGCCUGGCUCACGCUAAAGAGCCACUGACACUCAAGGCAUCUGAGGACACCACAGUGACUCUGGAGGCCUCCGUGCCAGACUGGUGGCCCAAAGACUCUAAAGCCAAAUGAGGAUAGAGGUAUUUAUUGACCCCAACAAUAUGAAACGCACAUAUGUUCAAAAGAGCCAUAUAAUUUCUACAUGGAUAGGGUCCACCUAGUACAGUAUUUCACUGGUACCACUAGCAACCAUGUCUGACAUACAUUUUACUUUGUUUGCAGUAUUAAAAUUGCUUUAGUUCCUGAAAUUAUAAUUUGCCUGUUUUCCUUGAGACUAUGCUGUUUGCCAGUUGUGCACCACCAUUUACUAGCCAUUGUCAGAAUAUUACUUUAUGUAUCUCUGGUGUAAUAAACAUACAAGGACACAAAGUA